AUGUCUCAGGAAAACAGCGGCGGUCUCCUCGGCGGCGUGGGCGACACCCUAGGCAAGACAGUCGGCGGCGUAACCAACACCGUGGGUGACACGGUCGGAGGACUGGGCAACACGGUCGGCGGUGCGGCAUCCGGAGUCGGCAGCACCGUGUCGGGGGCCACCGAGGGAUUGGGAAACACGACCAAGGGUGCCGGCCAGACCGUUUCGGGCGCCACUGAGGGGGCGGGUAAGACCGCGUCGGGUGAUGAACAGAAAGAGAAAGGUACACAAAGCAUCGGUGGAAAGGAGCAGACUGCAGAGAACCCGCUUGGUUUGUAA